UCGCCCCUACCACCACUAACACCCACAGCCCUCCGCCAACUCCCUCGCACCAUCAGCAGCACACCUCGAGGCUCCUGCCGCUUUAUCCCACAGCACUGACUCCACUGACUUCACUGCUUCUGCGCCUGCGCCGCCGCUUCUUCACUCCUCGUGCUCCCCUUCUCCUCGCGCGCUCUCCGCCUCCGCCCGCGCUGCAAGAAACCCUUCCGUCGCCGCAUCUUCCAUUCCCCUGGCCGCACCUCGAAGGCGUGGCGGGCGCGGCAGCUUUACUCCUAGCGGCAGCGAGCCCAGCGGCGAGUGGGUCGUCAGUACAGCUCGCGUCGUGUCGCGUUGCGUCGCAUCUCAUCGCAUCGCGAGCGCCAUCAUGGCUCUGUGGCGGCAGAAGACCGUCGCUCUGCCUGCCUUCAGCCGCGGCUGCCACCUCGUCACUCCACACGUGGUGAAGCAAAUAGAGGCGGAGCUUGCUGCCUUCAAAUACGGCCUCGCACACAUCUUCAUCCAGCACACGAGUGCAUCGCUGACCAUCAAUGAGAACUGCGACCGGGACGUGCGCCACGACAUGGAGACGUACCUCUCCACACACGUCCCAGAGGGCCCCGAGGCUCCUUGGCGCCACACGGAUGAAGGCUAUGACGACAUGCCAGCACACGUGAAGGCGUCGCUCUUUGGCAGCUCUGUCACCAUCCCCAUCACAGAUGGGCGGCUCAACCUGGGCACGUGGCAGGGCAUAUGGUUGUGCGAGCACAGGGACCAUGGUGGCUCCCGUCGUCUCGUAGUCACUCUCUCUGGCUCCGCCACAUAAUUUCUUGCUUGCACUGCUUCUGCCUCAGCCCCUGUGUAACUGCUGCGGGGGUAGUUGUAGGAAGCUACUUAUACUGAGCAUGGUUCAUGGUCUUUGAUCAGUGUAAACUGCAGAAUCAGUUUGCAUCACCACAGCUCCAAAACAUGCCUGUUACCUAAGGGCGUGUCAUAAGAGUUCGUUUUCCCCCCGAAACCCUACCCAACCGCUUGAGAUUUUCAGCUAACCGCUUGUGCACCUUACUCAACUGUAAUAAAGUGAACGCUUAUGA